AUGCCCAACUUUAAUCCAUUUGGAGCGCUUCAAGACUUCCUGGCCAAGUUGUUUUACAGGUAAAUUUGAGCUUAUUUGAGCCUCAAAUUAUGCUUGAUUUUUGAGUGUUUUAAUAAAAAAAUUAAAUCCAUGAAUAUUCUGAUUUCAAAAACUAUGCAAAUUUUUCAGAUACGGUCUCUACCUCUCACGAAAUCCGAAUCCAUUUAUCCUUUGCCCUCUUGUCCUAACUUGUGUCCUUUUGUUGGGUGUUUUCAACCUAGAAGUGUCAGUAAGUGCCCGUUUUAAAUUAUGUUUAAUGUUUAGGAUGAUCUCCGCUUCCUUUAUUCCCCAGAAAAUUCAUUAUCUCGAUUCGAAUACCAAGUUCACAAAGAGUUUAGUGGAGAUUCCAUAAAUAGCAGCUACAUCGCUGUAGCCAUAGAAUCCGCUCACAAUGACUCAAAUAUGUUGAGGAAGGAAAUGGCGGAAGCCAUCAUUGAGUUCGACAAGUUUGUGCUGCAUAAUAUGACGAUACAGUUACCGGAUGGAACCAAAAACUUUGGAUCAGAGAUCUGCUCGAGGCUGGCCUUGUGUCCGAUCAGUAAUACUGUCGUUACCAUCUUCUUUGAGACCUAUUUCAGCGAAAAAGUGAGUAGAUUUAAAUAUUUUAAUCUUGUCUUUAGCUAAAAAAUGACAGUAGAAUUUCGAUGGAUUGGCCGAUCCUAAAGUUUUUCGAGAAUAAAUUCUUCUUGCCCACCAACUUCUAUGGAGUCGAAUUGUACGAACACAAAUCCGGAUUCGAAAAGAUUAAGGAUAUCCAGACAGUCCAUCUGGUUUAUUAUAUCUCUGGGACUGACAAAGCAAGUUCUUUAAUGUCUAUUCAACCUUUAAUUAACUUUAGUACACGGCUGAAGAAGUGGGCAAAGCUGUUGAUCUUUCGUUGAGAGAAGCUUUGGCUGAGAGAAAAGAAAAUCUCCGCUCCGCGAUGUUUAGUCUGCAGAUAUUGAAGGAUGAGAUGCAAAAGAAUACCACUUACACUCUACCAUUCAUUUCUUUAACUGUGUUCUUGCUCAUAUCUUUUACAAUCGGUUCUUGGUGAGAUCUUUUUGUCAUGGAUAAUAUGUAUAAUUUACAUAAUACGAUGACUAAUAUAACAUUUAGUAUGACCGGAGAUUGGAUCACAUCGAAGCCGAUCGAAGCCUUGAUGGGAAUAAUGACAAGUUCUUUGGCCAUUGGCAGUGCCUCAGGGCUUCUCUUUUCGCUGGGCGUCCCCUACAUCUCUCAGGUCACUGUAAUGCCAUUCUUGGCCUUUGCUAUUGGAGUUGAUGAUACUUAUGUGAUGUUGGGAGCAUGGCAAGAUACAAAAAGAAAUCUGCCUCCGGAAAAAAGGAUGGCCUUGAGUUUAGAGGAAGCUGGGACUGCAAUUUCUGUGACAUCGCUCACCUCGAUAUUAUCCUUUGGCAUCGGGACCUUCAGCACAACUCCAGCCAUUUCCAUUUUCUGCAAAUUCAUCGCCGUCGCUGUCUUUUUUGAUUAUCUUUAUCAGGUGAUACCAUAUCGUCUAAUACAUACCUAUUCUUUUCCAGAUCACCUUCUUUGCUGCAGUUAUGGCCUUAGGCGGUAGAAGAGAAGCGGCUGGAUAUCACUGUGUAUUUGUUUGGAGGAAAAUGGGGAAAGAUGCUAUCGCAAGAGUAGGAAAUCCUCUCCAAAUGGUAUAUUAUUUUAGGCCAAAGCGACCAACUUCACAUCGCCCACCCACAACCUUUUUGCCAAUUACUUGGCUCCAUUUUUAUGCAAAAGUUACACCCGUCUUUUUUUUGGUGUCAUCUAUGGAAUAUAUAUUUUCCUCGCCUUUUACGGCUGUUCUCUCCUCAAACCGAAUCUCACACCCUCUCGUUUACUAGUCGAUGAUUCCCCUUUAACUUACUACCUUCAAUUGGCCGAAUCCAGAAUCUGGUCGGAAGGCGUGGUUGGCCGAGUUUAUGUCAACAAAGCGCCUGACUUUAGCACAAAUCCAGAAGAGCUGGAAGUCAUGUUGAAGAUGGUAGAAGAACUGGAGAACACCCCCUUUUCGAUGGGAUAUAAUUCCACUCAGUUAUGGCUUAGGGACUUUAAUAAUUACCGCCAAUACUUUGCUGAUGAUAAUAUUAAUUUCUACGAGACCCUGAAUGCGUUCCUCGGCAUUUCCUUUAACAAGCAAUGGAAAGCAUUCCUCAGAUGGGGAGACAAUCCAAAUCAGCCGGGCAAAAAGUAUGUCGAGAAAUUCUUCUUUACGACGGCCUUUAAAAUACCUGAUUGGAAUGUGAGAACUGCCUUGUUACUGCAAUGGAGGAACAUCACGGCCAAAUAUUCCCAAUAUCAGGCGUUAGUUUUUGAUGAGAAUAAUUUCUUCAGUGAUCAGGUAAAUUUGUACUUUCGAUAUAGAACACGACUCGUUUAGAUGAUUGAGCUAAAAUCUACCACAUUGAAUUCCCUGGGGACAGCGAUCAUUGCCAUGAUGAUUGUCUGCAUCUUAUUCAUCGCCGAGACCAGCAUUGUUUAUUGGGUUACCUUUAUUUUGGUGUCUAUGGAUAUAGGAGUAGCUGGAUACUUGUCUUUAUGGGGAGCUGAUCUUGAUCCGACUACUGUUGUUAACAUUUUGGUAAGUCAUCUAUGCAUUCGGCAUCCUAGAAAAUCAAUCUGUUCUUCAAGAAAUGUCUUGGAGAAUUGAUGUCAAUUGUUACACUUGUACAACUGGUUGACCUCGGUGGUUACAUAGUCAUCCUAGUUUAUUUUUAGAUGAGUAUUGGUCUUUGUAUUGACUUCGCCACUCAUGUUGGCUACCGUAUCUACCGCAGUCCCUACACAGAUCCGGACGAGCGCCUCAAAGAUGCAAUUGGAGCCAUUGGUUGGCCCGUUGUCCAGGCUGGUCUGAGCACUUUCUUGGCCAUCAUUGUGAUGAUGUUGGUCCCCUCUAAUGUGGUUCGGAUGUUUGCCCGGACCAACGUACUUGUAGUCUGCACCGGCCUUUUCCAUGGGAUCUUCCUUUUGCCCAUCAUCGUCCGAUCUUUCUGCACCAUCAAAAAUGAAUCCACGGAGUUCGAAAAAGAGGGUAUAAAACAACACUGA